AAAACAUUUUCUGGACCAAUGCUAGCAUACAUGGCUAUAAUAGUUUCUUCAAUGUGCGUUGAAAUGUACAAUCUGUCGUCAGGAGCCGAAAUUGGUUUGUUUUUGAGAGCUGUCUUUUACGUAAAUGUUGCAUUGAUUGGGUUGGUCGUAUAUUAUUGCUUACCUGCUCAAAAUUUGACAGACGAGAUAAAUAGAGUACAACAUUGUGCAUACUUCAGCAAAUGGUACAACUAUCCAAGAGAGGCUCAUUCUAUGAUGCUCAUGAUCUCAGCUGCGCAAAGAGAUGUCAAUAUAACAGCUGGAGGGAUAAUCAACAUCAAUUUGGAAACCAGCUUGUCAACAAUCAAAACAAUGGUAUCAUACUGCAUGUUUCUCCAGACCAUGGGCAGCAAAUAAAUGCAAGAUCAUUUAACCAAGUAGAUCUCACAUGAUUCUUAAGGAUUAUAAUUAAUACUUAUAUCUUACGAAAACAAUGUUAUUAAUUAAACAUCAGUAGAACAUAAACAACAAAC